AGUUGAUAGCCAUUAUCUAUCGUCACUCUCCUCUCUGCUCAUUCCUUCACUCACACACACCCACUCCUCCGCUUUCUCCUCCUUUUUCCCUCUCACACCAAAAUCACCACCCCGCCCAUCGCCGCCGCUCUCGCUUUGUCGCCGUUUUUCUCUUUUUCUCUAUCGAUAAUCUGCCGAUCUCACCAGACCACCAUCUUCCAACUCCCGCCCUGCGAGCUUCUCCUUUUCGGAGACGCAGGUUAUUAAACAGGCUUUAGGUCGGGGUUAAAGAACGGGCCAGGCUCAAGUUGCUUUGGUGCAAUAAUCGGCCUGGCCUGUUAAAGCCAAAGCCUUCGUCUUGCUUCUUCAAUUUCCACUUCUUGUUAAACGAGAUUCUCAUGGCUUCUUUGGUUUCUCCUCAGGAGCAAUAUGUAACUGAGUUUAACGAGAACUAUGAGACAACAUGUUGGGGCUGUGGACUGCAUGUUAUGAUUCCAUCUUGUGCAACUAUUUUCAAAUGUGGCUGGUGUGGGGCCAUUACAGAUGAAUCCAAGAAGAAAAGUGAUCACAAGUCCUUUAGGUGGAGACAACUGCGAGAUCAGUGCUUCAUAUCUGUUGUCAUCAUAUUUAUGCUCUUUGUAUUAUGUGGCGGAGUGUGGGCAGUCUAUCCUGUUGUCUUUUCUAUCAGUUUUCUAUGGGGAACUUUACACCUAAUCAUCACAGCAAUUUUGGCCAUUGUAACCUUUUCCUCUUUCAGCCUUGCAGCUUUUAGGUGUGCUGGNNUUUGUCACUACUGCUCAAAACCAAAGUCACCUAGAGCUCAUCACUGUCGAUCAUGUAGAAAAUGUAUACUGGACAUGGAUCAUCACUGCCCAUUCAUUGGAAACUGUGUUGGUGCAGCUAAUCACCGCAGCUUUGUCGCCUUCCUCCUGUCGGCUGUGUUAAGCACAACCUAUGUGGCCGUCAUGUCCACUCAUGCAGGCCUGCAUGUAUGGCCACCAUUGAGUUUCUCCCUUGAAAAUUCAAAGGGGAUUUCCGGCACAUAUCUUGGAUUGCGAAUUUUGAGUAAAAUCAGUGCUGCCUUUCUGAGAUCUGCCCUUCUUCUAUCCCCAAGAGGACUAGUUCUUGUUUAUCUGUUUAUUUCAAGUGUUUCAUUGCUGAUAGGAUUGAGUGUUCUUCUAUGGCAGCAGCUUUCAUAUAUAUACCAGGGAAAAACUUAUUUGAGUCAUUUGAGUUCUGAAGGAGAUAAUGAAGAAAAGAAAGAUUGUCAAAACCUUGUUAGAUUUUUUGGUUUCCAGUAUUCUUUAACUAGAUUUUUGCCAAUCUUUGGUGUUACUAGGAAGAAACAUGUAAAGUUAAACAAUCAUGUUCUGUAAGUCAAAUGAGCUGUUGGAAUUUUCUUUAACACAA